CGCGCCUCCGUUCGUCGUCUCCGCCAGUGCACACCUGCCUCGGCGCGGCGGCAGCCUGCUCGUGCCAGACUCCGGUCUCUGUCCCUGUCCCCCUGCUCAGCUCCCGCUAGUGCACACCAUGCCGGCGCCCAAAUGGUUCCAGAAGCUCAGGAGGAGGAAGGGCAAGCAGCAAGCCGCAGCAUGCGGAAGCGAAGCCGCCGACGCGGCGGCGGCACGCGAGGACAGUCGCCGAACAGGGCGUCCAACUACUUCGCCAGCGCGGACCGUGCGCGCCAGGACAGGGAGCUGCCCUGCGCCGCCGACAUGGCGCUGGACGUCCGCGUCGACGUGGUGCACCGCCGCGCGGGGGACCGGCGGCUCGGCGAGCUCGACGCGCCGCCAGGGACGCCCGAGCUCAAGCUGCGGCGCAUUGUCACGAGGCCGGCCGUCGCCGACGGAGGUCGCCCAGGCCGAGCGCGCGCCCGCGGCGGAGCCCCGCGUCCGCCGGCCGCGAGGAGGCCGGCGGCGGGGGCCGGGCGCGGCCGGCGGCGGGGGGCCCGGCGAGCUGCGCGGCAGGCGCCCCCAGGAAGAAGAUAA